CCUCAUCAAUAUGCGCUUCAGCUCCUGAAUGUAAGAGCCUCUCGCACAGUCAGAGACGGCAAAAAGGAAAGCGGAGCCAAUAUUCAUGACAGGGAGGCGAUGUCAGCCCAUAUUUCACAUCUGACUCCAUCCACAGCUAGCUGCUGACUUUUCCGCGCCUCAGUCUACUUUCUUGUUUUUUGGGGGGGGCAAUCGAUGGAUAUACUCUGGAUUUGAAGAGUGUCCGUCUCGGCUGUUGAUUGCAGGGGGGGUGAGCUCUCUGCUGUUGCUGCCUUCGUGCUUUAUAAUUACAAAAAGGAAAAGGGGGGAUGUUUGCUUUGCACAAGCUUCGUCAAUUUCGCGUCUUGUCCGCACUGGUUAUCGGUUCGAUUGUGUGUUGCGCAAAAAGCGUCAAUGAACCGGGCAACAUGUCUUUUGUGAAGGAGACGGUGGAUAAACUACUUAAAGGAUACGACAUCCGACUGAGGCCGGACUUUGGAGGGCCCCCUGUCGCUGUUGGCAUGAGCAUAGACGUGGCCAGCAUAGACAUGGUGUCAGAAGUCAACAUGGACUACACAUUGACUAUGUAUUUCCAGCAGUAUUGGAGGGACAAGCGCCUGGCCUAUGUGGGAAUCCCUCUCAACCUGACACUUGACAACAGGGUUGCUGACCAGCUCUGGGUCCCUGACACCUACUUUCUCAAUGACAAGAAGUCUUUCGUCCAUGGAGUCACAGUCAAAAAUCGCAUGAUCCGCCUGCAUCCAGAUGGGACUGUCCUCUAUGGACUCAGGAUAACUACAACAGCAGCAUGUAUGAUGGAUCUCAGGAGGUAUCCUCUGGAUGAACAGAACUGCACUCUGGAGAUAGAGAGCUAUGGCUACACCACAGAUGACAUCGAGUUCUACUGGAAGGGAGGCGAGUCGGCUGUGACGGGGGUGACACGGAUUGAGCUGCCUCAGUUCUCCAUUGUCGAUUACAAGCUGGUGUCCAAGAACGUAGUCUUUUCCACAGGUGCCUACCCUCGACUGUCUCUGAGCUUCAAGCUGAAGAGGAACAUCGGCUACUUUAUUUUGCAGACGUACAUGCCAUCAAUCCUAAUUACCAUCCUCUCCUGGGUGUCCUUCUGGAUAAACUAUGAUGCGUCAGCAGCCAGAGUGGCGCUAGGGAUCACCACUGUGCUAACCAUGACCACUAUCAACACCCAUUUGAGGGAGACACUCCCAAAGAUCCCCUACGUUAAGGCUAUCGACAUGUACCUGAUGGGCUGCUUCGUCAUGGUCUUUCUGGCCCUGCUUGAGUAUGCCUUCGUCAACUACAUCUUCUUCGGGAGGGGCCCACAAAUGCAAAAGAAACUGGCAGAGAAGGCAGAAAAGGCCAACAACGAGAGGGCGGCUAAGUACGACGCGGCAAGGGCAGAGCCACAUGGUCAUGGGAACAUUCUGCUGACCACCCUGGAAAUCCAUAAUGAAGUGGCAGGAGGUGAGAUCACCACCAGCGUGGCAGACAUUAGGAACUCUCAGUCCAUGGUGCAGCUGGACAGCACUGCCUCAUCGCACAUCCAGUACCGCAAGCAGAGUGGCGGGAUCGGGCCAUGCUCUGCUAGCCGUCACUCCCUGGACCGCUCCGCUCAGAUGAAACGCAGCCGCCUGCGGAGGCGGUCCUCGCAGUUAAAAAUCAAAAUCCCCGACCUGACGGAUGUAAAUGCCAUCGAUCGCUGGUCACGGAUCAUCUUCCCUUCCGUGUUCUCAAUCUUCAACCUCAUCUACUGGCUCUACUAUGUCUGAUUGGACUGUUUUGUUGAGGUGUUUUAUUCUGUUUGUUUUUUUGUUGGGGUUUUUUGUGACUUUUUUCAUUUCAUUUGUUUUUCUUCCUUUUCUCUGUUGCUUUUAUACAUGAUGGAAUCUGCCACGUUAAAGACUGUAACACAAUAAGACAAAAGUGAAAAAGAGACUGAGAAAAGACUACUGAGUUUUGGACCAAGUUCUCAUUUAAGUUGUUUUUAUAUUUGCAGUCUUUGAACCCUUAGUACCAAGUUCUUUUUAUUUUUGAAAGUAUGUACUGUAAUUGGGAUUUGUGACAGUCAUUUCCCAACACAUUUGCCCUCUCAGUAAUGUGUAAAUAGCAAGAUACAAAGCCAGCAAUUGAAUAAAUAUUACAGUAUUUGCAAAAAAAAGAAACAAAAACCAGUUAAGUUAAAGAUUUUUCUAAUCAAAAAAGUAAGAAAUCUUUAUACUACACAGGUGAUCAGAUAAGUGCAGACAACUCCUAGAAAUCCAUUACCCUAUGCACUAUUAAUGCAUGUAAUGAUCAGCCGUGGUAGAAAAAUAAUGAGUACUUUUUGCCUUGGGUAAUAGCACAACUUCACAGCAACAAACCAAUGUGUGUUUGUUUAUAGCAUUAAUAAUAUACUUCCUACUGAAUACAAUUUAUCAUGCAUUUGGGUAAAGGUUUACCAGUUCAAACACAAUAACUUCAAACUCUUAACAUCCACCAGGUCACUGGCAACCCAUUUAGGGGUAGGUUUAGGCUAACAUCUACCCUUUUUUAAAGACUUUAUCACCUACUUGGAACAUCCAGAAAAAAACUGUACGGCCAAAAUGAAUGUACUUCAUUUGAAAGGUAACAUAGUUUCUUCAAAUGUGCCCAUUUCCUAUGUUAAUUAAACAAAACCCUAGUAUUGACCUAGACUGACCACCGAUGACCAGCUGGAGGUUAAGAGUUUAAAGGGGAGGUUUUUGUCCUCUGUUCAGAAUGAUUAUGACUCAGGUUCUGAAUUUUUUGGGUGUCUUUUUCUUAAAAACCAAACAAAAAAAAUGUCGCUGAAAUAACUUUUUUGAUCAUUUGAUGAGGGGAAUAGAAAAUAAUAAGCACAACUAUGACAACUGCCAUUUCUUUCCUCUUCUACCUUCAACCAACAACCUUUCAAGUGAUAGCAUGACAGAAUUGCACUUAAAUUUUUCCAACAUUCUAGAAAAACUGUUUAAGAAAACUGCCAAGGGCCUUUUGGGCGAUACAGUUACUACUUAUCUCGUGAAAUAUUAUGAUAUUUUUGUACUCUGUGUCUUGGAGGUCUUCAUUUGAGUUCCUAACCUAUUCUUGUUUUCUUUUGCGCCAUCUCCGUUGUGGUAAUAGAAUAAAAGACCCAUUUUUUUGUACAUAAGUUCAUAGGUGUGUAUAUACAUAAAUGUGUAUAUGUAUAUAUACAUGUAUAUAUAUAUAUCUAUAUAUAGCUAUAAGAGGUGGGAUCAAAAAGUUCCAGGGAUAGGCCUCUGAAAAUCAAAACUCUUGCUCAUUUUAAAAUUGGUUCAGUAGAUUUUAGUUCAAGGUUAUCUUCUCACGUACCAUUCACUGUUAACAGUGCAUCUGAUAUUUUUAGGUCACUUAACAGAAGUCCUGUGUUUCUCUGUUGCUCACUGGAUCCACUCAAGUAUCUCAACAUUUCAGAUUGAUUUUGUUUUGCAUAAUCUGGACGAAGCAAAUCUAGCAAACAGAUUUCCCAGAUUUGCAAAUCUAUUUGCAAAUCUGGCAAAUAUUGUGUUGAUGUUGUCAAGAAAACAUGCAUUUUGAAUGCACUUAGUGCUGACACACACCACAGUUUUUGUAGUUUAAUGCUAAAUGUUCUGCAUUGAACCCCUCAAGACAUUACCAUAGAAGUCUGCAUUGACCGGCUGAUCUCUGGACAAAUUCCUGUUGCAAAAACCAGUGAAUUCCAAUAAAAUGUAUGACAGUAGCCCUUCUGUCAUGACUGACAUGCCACCAUGGUGGUUGAAAGCUGUGUACUUCUAUUCAGAACUGCUCACUAGUAAUCAGUUACGCAACUCUCAUCACCAGUGAUGACAAUUCCAGUACUUACUCCACAAUAGCUGUUUCCAUGAAAACCACUGUGUUGGGUAAUUAACAAAUCUACAAGGCAUGUGAGAGGACAGUAUGUCACCAGUUCUGUAAGACAACAAUCACGCUCAGUCUUGGUACAGGCUACUGUGCAUAGUGUACACCUAAGGACAGAAUUUCAAGGCAUAGCCAGGUGGCAGAAAGCUUCCACUUUGGCGCCCUCAGAAUCUCAUCACUGCUUUUUGGAGAUGAUGUGGUUCUGUUGGUUCUAUGAGGUGUGGGUCUCGCGCUCGCACUGGAGCAGUUUGCCAGUUGAUCUAUGUCCCUACCCUCACCUGUGAUCACAAGCUUGUGGACACAAGUGGCGGGAAUGAGCCUACUCUGAACUACUGUGUUAAUGCAGCCAGGGAUAUAACCACCAACCUAAAUUGUGAGUUAGUGGAAGACCUACUCUACAGCCACCCCUAAUUAAAUUGCCCAACUUUAAUAAAUCAAAAACCACAAAUCGGCAGUACAAAAACGUCUUUUAGUCUCUAUGAUAGUUUGCCACUUCAUCAGCAACACUAAAUGGGGCUAAUUUUCUUAUAACUCAUCUACCUGGAUAAUUGUUUUGGGCUCAAACCAAUGGUCACAUUGUCUGUCAGUUCUUGUGAUUGGACUCUGUGGGGCCUCAUCUACUUCUUUCAGUCGUUAAAUUGGACUGCUUCACUGUAGUUGUCUUCAACUUAGGACUCUAUCUUUUUAUCCAUUCAUUUCUGGCUCCAGGAAAAAACAUGGCAACUGCUAAAACAUUAACAUUAAAGCUCCAUAUUUGACGCCCAUAACCAGUGGUGACAAAAAUGAUCAUCCAUGGUGCCAUGUUUUAGUCUAUCGAUAUAUAUAUAUCUAUAUAUGUAUAUACGCUUAAGAUGUGCUGUGAAAAUGACCUUGAACAGUAGAUCAGCCAAAUUAAACUCUGGUAUGGAUUUUGAUUUUUGCAGGAGCCUGUUCCCAGAAGUUUUUGUUCACAUCUCAUAUAUCUCUGCGUGUACAACCCAAAAAUGAAAAUGAUCUUUUUGUGAUUUAACAUAAUUUAGUAGAAAGGGUUAAACUAACAGGUCCGUUUCACGCAUCCGUUUAGUUUUGAGCAUUUGUGGGGCACUCUGAAGACAUUCCUACCCAAUAACUCCACUCAAGACACUGUAUGUAUGUUCAGCUGUGCUGAGUGAUGCAAAUGGAUUUCAUAGAGCCCGAAGAUGGACCAAGAUAACUGAUCUGUCGUGUAAACAAAAGCACAUACUAGUAUUGAAUGUAUCAGAUCCAUUCUUCAGGGAGAGGAUAAUGAGCCAUGAUCAUCAUUUUUCCAUCAGAAUGUAACACCCAUUCCUACAUUGUGAGUGACAAAUAGAAUAGAGUGAGAAAGUAAAAAGAUGGUGCUUUACUAGUGUGUGCAUGUGCAUGUGUGAUGGAAAGUGGAUAUGGAGCCACUGAAAGAGGAAUGGCAUCGGUAGAUCAUUUGUUUUCUUUGCUGCUUGCUCAACUAUGGACAAAUGUCAACAUAUAAUAGUUUUCUGGAUUAAAAAUAGCUGUACUGUCAGACUCUUUUGACAAACUGUGUGCCAUUCCACCUAAGGUCGCAGAACCAUCAACCAGUUAUAACUUGAUGAUGUACAUUUGAAGCAUUCUUGAUCAAUCGCAGAUACAUGGAAUACAUCCACUAUUUGUGCAUGUACAAGAAUACAUGUAGAAAAAAAAAAGGUUCUUGAUAACCGUGAGUUUGGUGACAGAUUACAAUCAGUCAAAAAAUGUCAAGUUUUCUUUGUACAGGUUGAUAUAUGACUAAGAACUGAAUGUAUUGUACUUGGAUUGUUUCUGCACAAUUGCAGUUUGCUUACUGGGAAAAGGAUUGACCUCAAUCCUGAUUAAUAUAGAGCUCUUGUGACCCCAGAUCACAUUUUCUGAUGUGUAUACAGGCCUGGAGGCAAAUAAGACCUGGGUGCAAGAAAGAAAUGGCAGCGAAAUAAUACAUAAGUCUGUUUAGGCAUGAAGUUAAGGAAAGUGUACGCUUUAACGCAACCUAACAAGCAUUUACCCCUACAAAGUAGCUCCAGAGAUGACCUGAAACAGACAUUCUGCUUCCCAUUAUAAAAAUAACAACAAUAAUAAUCCUAUUAUACUAAAAUUAUCUGCAGUUCAGCCAGAAGCACAACAGAGGGUGUGUGUAAGAUGGUCCCCAAUAGGAAUUGUAAUUAAUAGCGCUAAAUGGUUUUAAUAGUCGCAUAUGCUUAUGCUUCAAGAGAAAUAAGCCCAGAUAUUUAUCUAUUACAUUUUGAAAAUACAGUAUCUGUAAUAUUUUGCUGAAAUCUGUGAAAAAAAAUUAAAAAUGGAAAUAUUAUGCUUUUGCCAUAAGCCAGUCAAAAAGAACAAACAAAAUUUACACUUUUGGGCCCUGUUCAUUCUGGACCAUUACCCGAUCAUAAUAUAAAUCCAGCUAGCAGAAGCUUAUAAAUAUAUUAGAAGUUCUAUGGUAACUCUGUGAAGUAGUUCAUCUGGUACUGGACAUGCCUUCCCCUUGAAGGCGAAAUCUUUCCAAAAAACUUUACCAGACGCUGUGUUACCAGCACAAAUGGAGACUACAAAAUAUUUGUGAAAAUCCAGAAAAUAUUACACCAUCAAGUGAUUUACAGUAAUGUGGAAACAAUUUUAUUUCACUCAGACACAAAUUUGUCUCCAUAUCAUCAUCGUGAAAUUGACUAGACUUUGUAUGUAAUUGCGCUACAUGUUGCUUUGCGAUGAACAGACAGUAAAAGAAAAUGUCUUUGACUUUGGUCUUGGUCACAGAGGAUUGUUUGGGGAUAUCUUGCAUUAAUGCAAAAAAGUAAUGAAACCAGUCCGUCCAAAGAGGAUUCAAACUGCUUUGUGUAGUUUGAAGGACAAUAUUUGUACCCAUAUAAUGUUGAUGAAGCUUCAGUCUAGUGUAAAUAAGACUGAACACGGAAGCUAAAGAAAAAAUCUGUUACAACAAGAGUCUAAAAAGAUCUUCCUGGCUAACUGGUUUGCUUUGAAUGACUUUUGGAUCAUGUGCUGGCAUUUACAACUGGUCAGUGUGUGAGUCAUUUUUUUUUAAUUACUGAACUACAAAGUGCAGUUUAAGAGUAAAAGAAGGCAAGUGUUAUAAACUCUAGAUACCUGUUUAUCAUGCAUGCAACUACAAUUCGUAACUUUGGAGAAUUAAAAAGAAAAAAAAAGAUUUAUUGCAAACUCAUUUAUAAGAGCUGUCAGCUGCUCAUUUUAGAAAUGACACAAUGCCAUGUGAGCCUACAUCUAAAAAAUAAAUAAAUAUUAAAAAAUAAAAUAAAAAAAUAAAAAAAAAGUCAUUGAAUACUUCAGGUGUUGUAUGGCCUUGGUCCCAUAAUGGAAUGUGAAAUGUUCUGUGCUGCCACAAAAUGUAUUUAGGCUUAGAUUUAUACUGUAUAUCUCUGUAUGUUUCUCUUCCUUUUUCGGUAGA